CUUCUUGAAUAUAUAAACAAUAAAUCCGCACAAGCCGGGUCUACAGACAUGCCUCCCCGCAAAAAGGCUACUCGUCGCUCCAGCGGAACCUUUGAUCAGAUGCAAGGGUCCUCAGCACCAGCACUGACCCAAACCACACUACCAUCUCCCAGAAAGCGCAUCAGUGCUCCCCCUGAUCGAGUGUAUAAAUCGUCCACACCCUUGACGCAAAGCAAGCUACCGGUACCAAGAAAGCACAUCAGAUCAUAUGGAAAGAAGACAUCGGUUCGGAUUCCGAAGCCAACGAAGCAGGAAACUCUUACACAGAUGGACUAUCUGAGGAUGAGAAACCCACCUCCAUUGGGUGACGACGAGCAGGACCCGGUUGAGGUCGAGGAGCCAGACGGAGACUACGAGAAGCAGGCAAAGAAACGGAAGAACAAGCGGAGGAAGACUGCAGGGGAUGAGCCGGACAGCACACCAUCCUUUCAUACGCAGCGUCUUACACAGAUGGAAUGGAGUUUCACAUCCGCACCAGACGAAGAAGAAGAUCCUUCUAUAUUUGACGUCCCAAGUUCGUCGCAAACAACUCUACCCACACUGUCCUCGAGGAAGAAGACCGGAGAGUCAUCUAAGGCCAGCGCUGCAGAUCCACAAACAUCUCCAAUAAACGAGAUGCCGCCGCCACAAACACCUCGACGAAUCCUGGCGACAGAAAUUCCUUCGUCACAAUCCCCAGCUACUCCCGUCUCGGUUCGUUCUGGAAAGUUCUUAGGACGAUCUCCCUUGAAAGAGACACCUAUUAACACCCCAAUACCUUUCAACACUGGUCGACGACCCGAACUCAGCCCUGAAAAGCUUCCCAAGCUUGAAGUCAAAGAUACUUAUGAUUCGGUCGAUACAACUCAAUUUAGCCGAGUUCCUUCUUCGCCAGCCAAACGGCCAAGUCCCGCGAAGAGUGUUCGAUUUGUAUUCCCUGAGGAUGAUGAGAUUGAAGAGCCGCUUUCACCAAUGGUGAAGAGGAGGUCGACUCCAGCUAGAAAGUCAGCAAUGAAAAGAACGGUGAUUUUGGACUCUGAUGCAGAGAGCGAUGAUGAAGUUGAUGAAGUUGAUGAAGAAGAAGACGAAGAGAUAGCGCCAGGACGAGAAUUUGACAAUGAGGUUGUAGGAUCCCAAGAAUUGGGCAAUGAUGAGGACUAUCGUGUCUCCGAGUCUGAAUUAUCGUGCUCCGUAGAGCUCGGUCUGAGUAGAGACACAUUAGAUCAGGAACAUCACACCGCAGAGUCUCCAGAACUUGGAAAUGAUGAACUUGUUGAAGACUAUGCGGCUCAAAAGAGCCAGGAGGAGGAAGCUGAGCCAGAAACUUGCUAUGGAAAUAUCGGCCUGGAGACCCAGAUGGAAGCUGACAGAAUACUGGGCUCUUCCGAGCUACGCCACAUGACGAAGGAACCAGAGGUUCCACAGGAUGAGGAUGACGACGACGAAGAUGAGAAUGAGGAGGAACAGGAGGAUUCUGAGAUACAACACGAGACCGCUGUUGAGAAAACGCAAAUCAUGGAGAGCCAACGCCUUUCCACGCAACAUGCUCACUCAAUGGGUCCAAGAACAGCCGAAUCUGACGUCUUUGUCUCGAUGCACCCCGCACAUGUCACAAAUAUUGUCAGUGGUGCAAAGAAUCACGAAUUCAGGAAUUGGGCAUUCGCUCUUCACGUCCGUCGGAUAUGGAUUUAUGAGAUGAAACCUACCUCUAUGCUAAAGUACAUGGCGGAGAUCGGUCCAGCCAAGAAACCAGGUGAAUUGGCGGAUGACAUGGGGCUGGGUAAUGUUGACUUCAACAAGAAAGCUUCUACCUGGAGGGCAUACGAGAUCCUGCAGGUUUACCAGCUCGCAGAUCCCAAGCAUCUGCCAGAGUUAAAAGAGAAUGGAUGGCUGAAAGCACCGCCGUCGAAAACUGCACGAGUUGCACCUGCUGUGAUAGACGAGCUCAUGGCCAACCUUUUGCCACCAUUGUUCCUUGAUCGCUACAAACCAGAACCGGCUGCUCCAGCUUCAUCAUCAACAGAUACGCAAGAAGUCGAUGAGCAGCUUGUGUGCACGAUGAAGCAGUUUACACAACCUGGCGACCUGUCAAAAGCAUCUCCCGAUCAAGUUGACGAAGAGGUCAUGUCCGAUGAAGAAGGAGACGAAGACAUUGAAGAGAGAAUACCGUCCUCCCCAUCACUGCAAGCCACUCCACGGCCUGCCCCAAGAUCCAUCCGCCUACCACCGCCAUCACAAGCGACGACCGUUGAUUUGAGCCAAACACAAACACCAAUGCGGCAUUCGCAAGGCGAGAUUAUUUGGGAGUCUCCCGCACGACCCGUCAACAGCACACCGGUGAGCUUGCCGAUUCCUCGACACAACUCCUAUCUAGAAACACAAGGGCAUGAAUCUCACCCUACGUUUUCGAUGUCUUCGUCCCAGAUACUGUCAAAGACUCAGCUGUUGUCGGAUAGUUUAUUACAGGAUACUGUGCCGGGUCCGCCGGCUUUCAUUCAGGAUUCGGAUGAUGAGGAUGAUUGAUUUGGUGGGUGUUGGAUCGUGGAAUAUGAGU